AUGGACGGUAUAGAGAAAACAAGUGGACGACGACGAAGCCAAAGAAACAUGAGCGGAAGCAUUAGCAGGAGAAGUUGGAGCAUGGAAGGUGUAUUUUCAAGGAGAAAUAGCAGUGUAAAUGAAGAUGAAGAAGCGCUAAGAUGGGCUGCCAUAGAAAAGUUACCAACAUAUGAAAGAUUGAGAACAAGUAUCAUAAAAUCUUUCGUAGAGAAUGAGAACCAAGAAACCGAGAUAAUACACAGAGAAGUUGAUGUGAGAAAGCUUGACGUGAAUGAUAGACAAAACUUUAUCAGCAGCGUUUUUAAGGUUGCAGAGGAAGAUAAUGAGAAGUUCUUGAGAAAAUUUAGACAAAGAAUCGACAGGGUUGGAAUCCAACUUCCGAAGGUGGAAGUUAGAUUUGAGAGUCUAACUGUGGAAGCGAAUUGCUAUAUUGGCAGCAGAGCUCUUCCUAGCCUUGGAAAUGCUGCCAAAAACAGUGUUGAAUGGGUUCUUGAUAUGAUCGGGAUCAGUUUCUCUAAGAGAACAAAACUCAAAAUCCUUAAAGAUGCUUCUGGGAUUUUAAAACCAUCAAGGAUGUCUCUAUUAUUAGGUCCACCGUCCUCUGGGAAAACAACCUUGUUGCUAGCACUCGCCGGAAAGUUAGACUCAAAUCUAAAGAUGACAGGAGAGAUAACAUAUAAUGGGUAUAAGCUGGAUGAAUUUGUGCCGAGGAAGACAUCUGCUUAUAUUAGCCAAAAUGAUGUUCAUGUCGGAGUAAUGACUGUGAAAGAAACCCUAGAUUUCUCAGCAAGGUGCCAAGGCAUUGGAACUCGAUAUGAUCUCCAGACAGAGCUUGCUAGAAGAGAAAAACAUGCAGGAAUACACCCAGAGGCAGAAGUAGAUCUUUUCAUGAAGGCAACUGCAAUGAAUGGAAUUGAGAGCAAUCUCAUUACAGACUACACUCUCAAAAUAUUAGGGCUUGAUAUCUGCAAGGACACCAUUGUCGGAGAUGAAAUGCUACGAGGAAUAUCUGGGGGACAAAAAAAGAGAGUAACCACAGGAGAGAUGAUUGUUGGACCCACAAAAACACUGUUCAUGGAUGAGAUAUCAACGGGUCUAGAUAGCUCCACGACAUAUCAAAUAGUGAAGUGCCUGCAGCAGAUAGUCCACCUCACUGAUGCCACAGUAUUGAUGUCCCUACUGCAGCCGGCUCCUGAGACGUUCGAUCUGUUUGAUGACAUCAUCCUUCUAUCAGAAGGCCAGAUCGUCUAUCAGGGCCCACGAGAGAGCGUCCUAGAUUUCUUUGGGAGCUGUGGGUUCCGCUGCCCUGAGAGAAAGGGCACCGCCGAUUUCUUGCAAGAGGUUACUUCAAGAAAAGACCAAGAGCAAUACUGGGCAGACAGAAGCAUGCCAUACAGAUACAUAUCAGUUGCUGAAUUUGUAGAAAAAUUCAAGAAGUUCCAUGUAGGUGUACAACUAAAAGACGAGCUCUCAACGCCAUUUCAUAAGUCUCAGAGCCACAGAGCAGCUCUAGUAUUCACAAAAUACUCAGUACCAACAAAGCAACUACUCAAAGCUUGCUGGGAUAAAGAGUGGCUUUUGAUGAAGAGAAAUGCCUUCGUUUAUGUCUCCAAGGCUGUCCAACUCGUGAUAGUUGCGCUAAUAGCUUCAACUGUGUUUCUAAGAACAAAAAUGCACACAAGAAAUGAAGAUGAUGGUGGAUUAUAUAUUAGUGCACUUACGUUCAGCGUCAUCCAUAACAUGUUCAAUGGCUAUGCUGAGCUCUCACUCAUGAUCUCGAGGCUUCCUGUAUUUUACAAGCACAGGGACCUCCUGUUUCACCCUGCUUGGACUUUUACUCUUCCAACUUUCCUUCUGGGUCUGCCUAUAUCUGUAAUUGAGUCGAUUAUUUGGGUCGCCAUUGCAUAUUUCACCAUAGGAUUUGUGCCUGAAGCUAGCAGAUUUUUCAAGCAACUGGUAUUGGUAUUUCUGACACAGCAAAUGGCAGUUGGGAUCUUUAGGCUCAUAGCUGGAAUCUGCAGGACUAUGAUCAUUGCCAAUACCGGCGGGGCUCUCGUUCUCCUCCUUAUUUUCAUGCUUGGAGGUUUCAUUUUACCCAAAGGUAAAAUUCCAAGAGGUUGGUCAUGGGGUUAUUGGGUUUCACCCAUAACAUAUGGUUAUAAUGCCAUUUCUGUGAAUGAAAUGUUUGCUUCAAGGUGGAUGGACAAACUGGCUUCAGAUAAUGUUACAAGAUUAGGCAUAGCAGUGCUCGAGAACUUUGAUAUCUUCGCUGAUGAGGACUGGUAUUGGAUUGGCGCAGUUGCUCUUGUGGGUUUUACGAUUGUCUCCAAUGUCCUAUUCACCAUUGCUCUCAUGUACUUAAACCCUCCUGGAAAUAAACAAGCAAUAAUCUCUGAGGAAACAAUAAAUGAAAUGGAGAGAUCACAUCAGGAAGGUUCAACUGCUGAACCAAGACUAAGAAGACCCAAGUCAAAGAAAGAGUCAAUUUCUCGGUCAUUAUCUUCUGACGAAAACAGAUCAAGGGAGAUGGAGGUCGUAAGAAUGAGCAGCCAGUCAAAUCCCAGUGAAAGAAAUGGUGGUGGAGCCAAUUCUGUUGCUGUUAAAAGAGGAAUGAUUCUGCCUUUCACUCCUCUAGCUAUGUCAUUUGACAGUAUGAAUUAUUAUGUCAGCAUGCCUGCUGAAAUGAAGGAUCAAGGAGUCUCAGAGAACAGGCUUCAACUGCUUCGUGAAGUAACAGGUUCAUUUAGGCCUGGAAUUCUCACAGCACUAAUGGGAGUUAGUGGAGCUGGAAAGACGACAUUGAUGGAUGUUUUGGCAGGAAGAAAGACAGGUGGGUACAUUGAGGGCGAUAUUAGAAUUUCAGGGUUCCCCAAGAAGCAAGAAACUUUUGCAAGAAUUUCUGGAUACUGUGAACAGACUGAUAUCCACUCGCCUCAAGUCACAGUUAAAGAAUCGUUGAUUUACUCGGCAUUCCUUCGUCUACCAAGAGAAGUCGGCAAAGAGGAAAAGAUGAGCUUUGUAGAUGAGGUGAUGGAAUUGGUAGAGCUAGAGAAUCUCAAAGAUGCUAUAGUUGGGCUUCCAGGGGUUACAGGGUUGUCAACAGAACAGAGAAAGAGGUUGACAAUAGCAGUGGAACUUGUUGCUAAUCCCUCGAUCAUUUUCAUGGAUGAACCAACUUCUGGACUUGAUGCAAGGGCUGCAGCAAUUGUUAUGAGGACAGUGAGAAACACUGUGGAUACUGGAAGAACAGUUGUCUGCACAAUCCAUCAACCUAGCAUUGACAUAUUUGAAGCCUUUGAUGAAUUGCUACUAAUGAAGAGAGGAGGACAAGUGAUCUACUUAGGACCACUUGGUCGAAAUUCACACAAGAUCAUUGAAUACUUCGAAGCAAUUCCUGGAGUUCCUAAAAUCAAAGAGAAGUAUAAUCCAGCAACAUGGAUGCUGGAAGUGAGCUCUAUAGCAGCAGAAAUCCAGCUUGGAGUCGACUUCGCAGAACUGUACAAAUCAUCAUCCUUAUACGAAAGAAACAAAGCUUUAGUGAAGGAGCUAAGUACACCACCUCCAGGAGCAAGUGACCUUUAUUUUGCUUCUAAAUAUUCUCAGUCUGCAUGGGGCCAGUUCAAAUCCUGCCUUUGGAAGCAAUGGUGGACUUACUGGAGAAGUCCUGAUUACAACCUUGUUAGAUUUUUCUUCACCUUGAUUGCUGCCCUUGUUGUUGGGACGAUAUUUUGGAAGGUUGGCUCAAAAAGGGAAAGCUCAAAUGACCUUACUGUGAUUAUUGGAGCCAUGUAUGCUGCCGUCUUCUUUAUCGGUGUUAAUAACUGUUCAACUGUACAGCCAAUAAUAACCAUUGAAAGAUCUGUCUUUUAUCGAGAAAAGGCAGCCGGAAUGUACUCUGCACUGCCUUAUGCCACUGCACAGGUGAUUUCUGAAUUACCGUACGUGCUUGUUCAGACAACAUAUUACACGGUUAUUGUGUAUGCCAUGGUGGCUUUUGAAUGGACAGCAGCCAAAUUCUUCUGGUUCUAUUUUAUCUCCUUCCUUUCUUUCCUCUACUUUACAUACUAUGGAAUGAUGACUGCUUCUCUCUCUCCAAACCUGCAAGUAGCAGCUAUCUUUGCUGCAGCAUUCUAUGCUGUGUUCAAUCUCUUCUCUGGCUUCUUUAUCCCAAGACCAAAAAUCCCCAAGUGGUGGGUGUGGUACUAUUGGAUUUGCCCAGUAGCAUGGACUGUGUAUGGGCUCAUUGUUUCCCAGUAUCGAGAUGUUGAAGACACUAUUAAAGCUCCAGGGAUUGUGCCUGAUCCUACAGUUAAAUGGUAUAUAAAAAACCAUUUUGGGUUUGAUCCAAAUUUCAUGGGGCAGGUGACUGCAGUAUUGAUUGGCUUCUCUCUCUUCUUUGCAUUUCUGUACGCCUUUUGCAUAAGAUUUCUCAACUUCCAGAACAGGUAGUAAGCCAUAUAGAGAGAGAGAGGCCAUGAGGAAUUCCAAAUAUGGUGGCUAUAGUACAAGGACUCUAUUCAUCUUCUAGGAAUAUAGAUGAUGUUUAGUUUACAAUGAUAUUGAACAAUAUAAAUUGAUUCCUGGGUUCAAGAACUGAAUAAAAGUUUCACUGCAGCCUUGUGAGGUAUCAGACUUCAACUAUUUAAAACUUAGAAAAGGAGUUUUUUAGCCUCU